AUGUCCGCAAGCAUCCACCGCAGCAAAUCUAGACAUGUGGAGCCAUGUGCUCUAGUUGUAAACGCGAUAUUCAAGGCCGCCGGCGCGUACACGAGCGGCGGGUCGCUGCCGCCCGUGUGCGAGCGUGGGGGCAUCACCUGUGAGAAGGAGCGCGUGGUGCGGAUGGAAUUCUCGCAAUGCAGCGACCCGCCCGCCCCCGCCAGGCUGGACGGCACGCUGCACUGGGCGCUGGGGUCGCUGGGCAGCCUGAGGGCGCUCAACCUCUCCUGCAACAGCCUGCGGGGGGGAAUUCCCAGCACGCUCACCAAGCUGCAGCACCUCACGGCGCUGGACCUGAGCUUCAACCGCCUGCGCACGCGCGUGCCGCGCUACCUCUUCCGCAUCCCCGCCCUCCACACGCUGCGCCUGCGCAACGCCGGCCUCUUUGGCGGGCUGCCCGUGAAACGAAAGAGCUUCUCACGCACGCUGCGGCAUGUAGACCUCGCGCACAACCGCCUGUGGGGCUCCCUGCCCAAGUCCAUGGCCAGAAUGCGCAAGCUAGAGAGCCUCGACCUGAGCUUCAACCGCCUCAGCAGCAGCAUCCCCAAAUCCUUCUCCCGCAUCACAUCGCUCCAGAGCCUCGAUCUGAGCUUCAACCGCUUCUCCGGCAGGCUCCCCGCGGGGCUGACGGCGCAGCGCAGCAUGGUGAGGCUGAGGAUGGCAGGCAACCGCUUCACAGACGUCAUUCCCGCGGGGCUGAGUGGGAUGACGCAGCUCAGGGUGAUGGACCUGAGCCGCAACCAGCUGCGCAAAGGCAUCCCUGCGGACUCCCUGUCCCACAGCAUCAUGCACUUGGACGUGUCACACAACCAGCUGUCAGGACUGCUCCCAACGACCGUGCAGAGCCUGGGUAACCUGACGCACCUCAACGUGGCGUGGAACAGCCUCGAGGGCACCGUGCCCACCGCUUUGAACGCGCUGCCUCUGCGCCACCUGGACCUCAACCACAAUGGCUUUAAUGGCUCGCUUGGGGUGACGGCCCGCGAUGCGCUGUAUGGUCGGAGCAACCGCUUCGACGGCGUGGUGGGGGAGGCGUUUGCCGAUGGAAACAAGGCCCCGCAGAAGGUUCUGGACCUCAGCUACAACCUGCUCACCGCACUCAACCCCUUCCGAAACUGGAAUUUCACGGAGCGGAUCAUCCUCUCUCAUAACGCCAUCCAAGAGACCGUGCCUGUGAAUUUCCUUGUCGAUGAUGCGGCAGCGGGUGGCACGCGCGCCAAGCACCUGGACCUGAGCUUUAAUCAGAUUGGCGGCACUUUGGAGCCGCUGAGCACGUUGACUGCGUUGACCAGCCUUGACCUGACGGGGAACCAGCUGACUGGAGGCGUGCCCACGUGGGUGAGCGCGCUGACGAGGCUGCGGCGGUUGCACCUGGGGGCGAACCAGCUGGGCGGGGCACUGCCUGCGGAGCUGCUUGCUGGAGGCUCGCUGUAUCAUUUGGACGUCAGCAGCAACGGCCUCUCAGGCGCGCUCCCCGUGUUCUCCAACUGCCCCGCGGUGCUGAAUCUCUCGAACAAUGCGCUGGAGGGCGCGCUGCCAGGGGCCAUGGACACCUGCCACGCCGAGCUCACGGACCUCGAUCUCUCGCGCAACAAGCUCUCCGGUGCCAUCCCCGGCGCGCUCGCGAAUCUGCUCUUCCUCCACCGCCUCAACCUCAGCCGCAACGCGUUCGCGGGCUCCAUUCCCGACGGCUUCGGCGCGCGGCGCGCGCUGCGGGAGCUCGACCUGUCGUAUAAUCUCCUCGAAGGGGAGAUUCCGACGGAUCUCGGCACCCACUUGGCGUUGAAGUCGGUCGCGCUGGGCGGGAAUCGGCUGUCCGGGCAAAUACCUUUCUUGCUGAGCACGUUUCCCGUAGCGAGCUUCAGGCCGGACAACUGGCAGCUGUGCGACGCGCCGCUUCCCAUGUGUAUCCCUGAUAUGGCCAUGUGA